CUCGGAACUAACUGUCACCGAGUCAGAGAUCGUCAGGACUCAUUAUGGUGGUGCAACAACAGUAGUUCUCGUACACAUGUUAGCGCUUCAGCUUUAAAUUACUUCAACAACAAGCUGUCUCUCUGUGGCUCAUUCAGCUCUUAUCUGUGAACUUUUAAACUUUUGCUUGAUCAUGAAGCUACUUACGCACAACAUGUUGACGUCGCACGUGAAGGGAGUAACCAAGGGAUACCCGCUGCUCAUCAAGGCCACUGAGGUGAAGGUGAACGAGGUGGAUUUCAACCCUAAGUUUGUCUGCCGGAUGAUCCCCAAACUGGAGUGGAGCGCUCUGGUCCAGGCUGCAGACCAGCUGGGCCAUCGAGAGGACCUGCCAGGUGAGCUGGUGCCUGACUAUGAGAAAAACGAAGACUUCCUGAAGAAAGUGCACCGAGUUCUGCUGGAGGUGGAGGUGAUUGAGGGAUGCCUGCAGUGUCCUGAAUCGGGUCGAGAGUUCCCGAUCUCCAGGGGAAUCCCUAAUAUGCUGGUGAACGAGGACGAGGCCUAGACGGCUCAAACUUCCACCCAGACGGGACUGUUUUGUUUUUCAGAGACGAGCCGGACUCUGGUUUUAGUCGGCUCCAUGGGAGAAAAGGCCGCAUCCCUCGGUUGGUUGUAGUUAUGACAUUUUAAGCGGCUCCUGCUGCCAGCAGAUGGAAAAGAUUAGAAGAAUAAUGGAUGGAAAUGUUCCCUGAGAGUAAACCCCCAACCCCAGUGGUUUAAUCUGUAUUUAUUUUUGUAACUGUUUCAGCUUUUUCUUUCUCAAUAAAACUGCUUCCUGACAGCCAAAAUCA